UUCUCAGACACACUGCAGAGCUUUCCCAGUGACGGCUGACACAUUGUGAACGACUGCUUGCUGGAGAUAAUGUGCUUCAAUGUAAAGGACACACACAUCCUUUAAUGCCUUAUUUUCUCACACAAGAGCACUCAGCGGGCAGUUCCUUUUUAGAACCAAAAGAUGAAUUCCACGGUAACCCAAAGCGCACUAUCCUCGGCCAUGAGCUCUAUGAUGACCUCAAACCCCUUAACCAGUGGCUCAAAACUGUUGGAUGAUCCUCCAAAGUACCACCCAGCCCUCCUGGCCAUCUACUCUGUGGUUCUGCUCAGCGGCACCAUCAGCCUGAGCCUGAUGAUGCACAUCAUGAAGUCCAGCACAACAUCCAUCACCUCCAUCGCCGUACUCAACCUGAUCUUCGCCCACUUCGUCUUCCUUCUCACUGUGCCCUUCAGGAUUUACUACUACGCUACUUAUCAGUGGAACCUGGGCCUCGGGUGGUGUAAAGUGGUCAGCAGCAUGAUCCACAUCCACAUGUACAUGUCUUUCAUCUUCUACGUGAUCAUCCUCAUCACGCGCCUGAUGUCGUUCUACCACAGAGACGACCGGGUGGCGUCCCUCCAGAAGAUGCAUGCGCUUGUCGGCAGUGCUGUGGUGUGGCUGGUGGUGCUUAUCACAGUCCCGUGCAUAAUCCAUUUUUCCUAUGGCAAGGAUCAGGGGCUGAACAAUAACAAUACCACACGCUGCUUCCAGUUCGGGAACAACAUAAAGUCUUCUGCCAAGGUGUUGAACUACAUCAUAAGCACACUCAUCAUAGUGGUGGCCACCGUGCUGACAGCCCUCCAAGCCAAUGUCUUGAGGGUUUUAUACAGGAAGCACCACGAGGGAUGCACCUCUCAGCAGGACUUCGGGGCUCAGCUGAAGAGUCUGUGCUUUGCUCUCAUCAUGGUGGUCUGCUUCAUCCCUUACCACAUAUUCCGUCUGAACUACUUAGAACAGCUCCACCUGCAGGAUGUCAACGAGUUGUUUCUGAGUCUGACCACUUUCAACUGUUUGGACAUGCUCACCUUUUUGGGAAGGAGAACUUGCUACAUGUGUUACCCUGGAAAGGCUAUCUGACAGCUGUUGGUAGCAUGUGUGUCGGGGGGGUUGCUUUUAAUUUGUAACUUCAUUUCACUUUGCUUUUCAUCAUUGCAUUAUGAGUUUCUAGUAAGAGAUUUGCUUCAUUACAGGGUCAAUGUGUAUGAUUUAGGGGGAUGUAUUGGCAGAAAUUACAUCUAUUAUAAUGAGUAUGUUUUCGUUACCUUAGAAUGAGCUGUUUAUAUCUACAUAGGGAGUGGAUCCUUGUCUACGAAGAUCACCAUGUUGCACCUGUAUGUUUCUACAGUAGCCCAGAAAGGACGAACCAAACACUGGCUCUAGAUAGGGCCAUUCAUGUUUUCACGUUGGUCACUGUGAUUAGAGAUAGCACUGGCGAUCUGAACUGGUCAGUGGCGAAAAAAAGCACUUUUAAUGCGCAAACUUAUACGAGACGCACUUGCCCCCAUAUCUACCUCGCGGCUGCCGGCUGCAUCCGCCUCCCUCAAUACUGAACCAAUUUUAAAAUGAGUUGUACCUAUGAAUCAUAUGCACACAUACACAUGGGGAAAUAGGGCCCAGGUUGAAAAAUACCGAAGUUAUCCUUUAAGUUUUCGUCUCAAGGUUUACUUAAAAUGUUCACUUAAGUAUUUAUGGUUUUCUCCUUGUCUUGGUCUUAUACUUAAGGAAUCCCUAGACCAUUGCACGAAAGAACUUAGCAACCAAAGCAAGGUUAAAAAAAACUUAAGGUACCUUUGACUCUAUCUUAACUGCAACAUGACCGAGUUUAUGUUGAUGAUUGAAAAUACCUAACACACCCUGAGAAGAGUGUUCUGCGACCAGUUGAACCCAACAGAUUUUACACUAUAGGUGUGACUGAAUUUAUUUUUCUUGCCGUUUCUUCCUAUAAUCGUUUUCUGUUUCCUGGUAUUUGGGGAUCAAAUUUACUUUGUAGUUUGUGCUUGCUAUAAUUGCUUUCCCCCAGAAGUACAUUUAUUUCCUCCUCUGACCAAUAUGGUUUCCUUGUCUUCUGUUCUUCUGCAUUUUUUUCACUACCUAACUAUAAGCCAACUUAGUGAGACGAUAACAGGCAUCACAAGCGUGAGUCUAAGCCAAAAAACAAUCUCUUUCGGCGCAGUAAGCGAAUUAACAUUUUUUAUAAACCUUUUAAGGGAUUCUGUGUAACUGUGUGAGUCCCUCGGCUAAGGAGAAAUUAGGCCUUAAGGAGAAAACUGAAAGUGUUUUGUGCAACUGGUCCCUGGAUCUUGAGUUAUCGAAGAAAAAGGUGAGCGCACAUUAGCAGGUGCUGGGCUAGCGGCCUUUCUCUAGCAUGCCGAACACCCUAGGAGAAACACUGAUUUGUAUCAUAUUCAGUGUUCUGACUGGUUUAAAUCAUCUGUUUUGGAGAGGAAGACACUUCUAUGGAUAAUUCAGAGCAAUGAAGGAAUUCUAAUAAGGAGAAGUUUCAGCUGGUUGCAAUACAUAAUCCUCACCACUAGAUGCCACUAAAUCCCCCUAAACCUUACACACUGAUCCUUUAAUCCUACCAGUUGUGUCAUCUGCAGUUUUUUUUUGUUUUUUUUGUGAUGUGACUUAUUAAACUGUGUUGUACUUAAUUAAAUUAUUAUAAUAAUGUUUGCCUUUAUUUGAUAGCUGAAAGUUGUUGAGAAACCUGUAGUGAUAGUUGAGAGAGGUGUGACAUGAUGUAGUAAAGGCCAAUGUAGUGUGUGUCUUAACCUACUACCAGGGCACCUUUUAAAAUGUGUUUCUAUUUAUGAAAGAAUGUGACAUGUCUGGAAACUGUCCUUUGCUUUUUCAAAAUGAAUGAACUCUUGCCAUCUGCUGGUCUUUGGAUAUACUACACAGGCCUCAAGCUUAACAUUUGUAAUGCUAGAUUAUGCUAAUGGUCUUUACUGUAAGUUUCUUCAUGUUUCUUACAAAGUGUGACUUCAUAUGAAAUACGUGAGUGGAAAUACAAAGAUAAA